AGGCCACUCUUAGUAGGAAAAAUAUUGAACCUCAGAGAUGCAAACACCAAAAAUGGAAAAAAAGGGGUCUGAAUCUCUGAACACAGAUCUAGCCACAUUUUACAUGGAGUGUAAAUCUGCGUAUAAGCUUCUCAAUUAUUCAGCAAGAAUUCCAUAGAGCAAAAAUCCCUUUCUGAGAUGGAUGGAGCCUUUGCUUCUCCUGCUCAUUUGUUUUUAUUUCUUUAUAUAUCUAGUUUAGAGAUGGUCUGCCCCCCUCACAGAGCCACCCAUGGCUGGUUGGCCUUUCCUCCCUGGCAGGUUCAGCUGCCUUGGGGGGAUGGUGUCUUUUGUGCUGCUUCCUCAACCCUUUUCUGUUAACAAGCAAGCAUGAGGAAAACCUAUUUCAGUCAGAACAAGACCAGAACAAGGAAGAGGCUGAGAAGAAUUACAGGACUUGUCAGUCAAGGGGAUCCAGGGGUACAGAGAAGGAUAAAAGAGGAUCCUGCUACCCCACUUGAAUUUGGGCAAUAGCGCCUGACAAUCCACAAAGCCAGAAAGUGGGGUUAAUUUCUUGGAGAGUCCUUCCCCUCACGAAGCCAUUGCUGGGCUCGCCGAUCCUUUUCAUCAAUCUUCAUCCAGUCUCCCACCUUUCCUUUCUAGCUGGGUUCUUGAGAAGGUGGUGAAGAGGUGAUCUGGACCCAUCUCACUCGGCUUCAGCCUGGGACAUCGUACCGAAACGGCGCUGUUUGCGUUGUCGAUGACCUUUGGCAGGGCCAGGAUUGGUGCUGCCUCCAUCUUUGCGCUCCUGGAUGGCUCAGUGGGUUUUGAUCCUGGCAACUCUGGUCAACCUCUGGACAGGCUUUGGGAUUCGGAGUGGGGAGCACCAUAUUGUGGUGGUUCCCUUCCUUUCCCUGUGGUGCUUCCGGUCGAUGUCGGUAGGGAAGAGUUUGGGUCUACAGCCCCUCACUUGUGGGGUGCUGGACAAUCUCCCCCUCCUAUUCAACACCGACCUGGAAUCUCUGGGGGGAAGCCAUCCACCAGUUCCCAGUGCAAUAUCCUCUGCAGGUGGAGGUUCCCAAUUUUAUAAAUGAUGCUCCUGAGGUCACGUCUCAUAAUCAGGAGGCUGGGCGUGUGUGGAUGGGGAAGAACCGAUUGGGCUCAAUCCCAACAAGACGGAGGGUAUUUUGGGCUCCCUGGCCUUUGGGAGUCUCCAUCUCUGGUUUUGGAUGGGGCUGCACUUCCACAGUCAAGACAACUUUGCAAUGGGUGUGUGUGUGUGUCAUCCUGGGCUCACAGCUGUUACUUGAAGAGCAGGCACCAUCUGUGGCCAAGAGGGUCUUUGUACAGGUUUAUCCAGAGUGCCAAUUGUGCCUGUCCCCGGAUCACACCCUAUGCCCCUGGACAGUCCCUCACGCCAUGGUCCCCUCAAGAAGGGAUUAUUGCAGUGCUCUCUAUAUGGGACUGCCCUUGAAAACCUUUUGGAAGUCACAGCUGGCCCAAAUGCAGCUGCACCAUCAGAGAAGGGCAAGUGGCACCACUGCUCCAUGGGCUGCAAUGGUUGCUGGUUGGUUUCUGGGUGCAAGUCAAUCACCUAUCAAGCUUUUGAGGGCAGGGAGCCUGGCAAUUUGGGGGGCUGCCCAUCUCCAAUAAUCUCUGCCUAUUUCGUAAGAUUUGGCAGAGUGGGUGCACUUCAGGUCCCCUCGUUUACGUAGUGUCACCUAGUGGAACCCCUGAAGUGUCCAUAUCUCUGUCAUGGCACCUGGCAUCCUCCCAGAGGUCCAUAUGGCCCCCAUCCUGAUGACCAGUUGGAAGGCAAUGUUCUGCCAAGUCUUGGGUUAGGUCAGCCCCUGUUAGGAUUUGCUUUUGUUUUAAAUACAGUAGUUCUUAUUUUUCCUGGGAACAUCUCUCUUUAUUCUUUCACUUUAUUGUUCUACCAUUUUACAGUGCAGAGCAACCAGAGUCUUUGAGAGUCAGGCACUUAUUUAAAUUUAUGUCAAUAAAUAAAAGUCCUUUGAGUCACCUUCAAACUUCUCCAGGGUCUUCCAAAAUUGCCUAAUUCAAUGCUUUGAAUGAGCUUCAACUGAAUGGAAGUUCAGUCAGAUCACCUUUGAUCUGAAUCGAUCCUUUGAGUCUUGUGUUCCUGCUCAACAAAUGUUGUUAUUUAAGGGCCGGAUUAAGCAGCAGCAGAGAGCUCCAGAUCCAUCAUGGCUUCCAGAUCCAACGUGGCUUCCAGAUACAACGUGGCUUCCAGAUCCAACGUGGCUUCCAGAUCCAACGUGGCCUCCAGAUCCAACGUGGCCUCCAGAUCCAAUGUCAGACGAGCGCCGCAAAAUAGAGGAAUAUUUGCUAAAUUUUGGCCCGACCCAACCAGCUCCGGUUUAUAUCUUGCAAGUCUGUUGUGCCUGCUCCUGUUUUUGGCCACAGUUGUGAUGAUCAUUUUGUAUCUUUGGGAACUAAACAGAUCAAUAUCCAUGAACGCAGCAAUUAAGGCCAUUAAGAACUUUAUUAUUAGCCGGGAUCCAUCCCUCAAAAAUGAAAGCGACGUCAUUACUAUUCUGCUAAAAAAAAACUGGGUGCCCUUUGAAGGGGCCCUUUAUUUCUUCAGCACCGUUGCGAACAACUGGACCACAGCAAGAACAUUUUGUGAGACUAAAAAAUCCACCUUGGUUUGUAUUGAAAGUUAUAACGAGCAAGCAUUCCUAAUAAGAGAAAGCUCAAAUCGUCCUUCUGACUAUUGGAUCGGGUAUUACGAAAAUGGAACCACCUGGGUAUGGGUUGAUGGAAGUCCACCAAAAGUUUUCUUUUGGUCUCCGACCACCAUAACUAAUCGCAGUACAGACGAAUGUACCAUCCUGUUAUCCCGCUGUGUGGCGCCACCAAGGUGUUGGACAAAUAUUAAAUGCUCAAUAGAUAAAUCCUUCAUUUGUAAGAGGAAGCCAGAUAAAAAAUGGCACAUAUAAAAGGCAGCGCCAUUCAGCAAGCUGGAACCGAAUUCGUGCAGCAGGCUCGGCCCUUCGACAUCCAACGGAAGUACUGAAAUGCUUGAUGGAAGAGUUCAGCUUCCUGCCUCCGUGUCCAAGGCCAGGUCUCCAAUGGGCCCCUUUGAACUAAAGAAAAUGACUUUCUUGUCCAAUGCAACGACGUUACGGGUCUAUCAAAACGUGAGGUGGAGGGUUCAGUCGUACCCUCCUUUCCGCUAGAAAUAAAUUAAUUUUCUAUAUUGC